CUAGUCGGAUGGUUGUUUUGCUUACGUAUGAUAAUCUUUAUACAAGGAAGUGACUGAGCUGAACGUUGAGUCGAGAGAUCAGGGUGGGUGCAGGUAAUCACAGAAUUGUGCUUUCACGCCUCAAAUUCGAUUGGAUUCGUCUGGAGUUGGCUAUUCUGCUUCAUCUUUUGCAUCUUCUUCUAGUCAUGACUCAGCCGAAUCAUAAACCAGUAAGCAAACAUAAGAGUCGCGGACCCGACUUUAUAUGUAAGCCCCGCUAUCGGAAUACACUUCCAGAUGUGCCAUUUCCUGGAAAAUUCCUGCCAUGCCCUUUCGUAGAGCUAGAACGUUUUAUCGACUACAAGCCUACAUCACUAGAAAUGGAGUACAAAUAUGAGGUUCAGUGUGAAAUGGAUAUCGGGUUGAACUUAGACUUAAUCGAUCCAAACACAUAUAAAGUGGACUCGCAUGCUGAAAUACAGCUGAACGAGAAGGAUGCUAUCUUGCUCGAAGACGAGGAUUCUAAUUCAAAACAAAUAAAAAGGUCCGCUCAGCAUUCCAAAGUUGUGCCAUGGAUGCGAAAGACGCAGUAUAUAUCUUCUGAAUUCAAUCGUUUUGGAGUAGCUGCCGAUAGGCAAGAAAUCAAGGUUGGCUAUCACCUUACCAAGAACAAGGAGAAUCUGAAUAUUUUCCGUGACCGCCAAAGUCAAAUCGACUCUAUUAAGAAAUCUUUCGAAGACUGCAAAGUUCCAAUUCGCAAACACUUUGACAAAAAAGGUGUCACAGCCAUCGAAGAGGUGCCUAUACUGCCAGAUUUUGAGCUGUGGAAGUAUCCCUUUGCACUGGUUCAGUUCGAUGCUGAUCCUGCUCCUGCUGGUUAUUCCGCUGAUUUAUGUGAAAGCAUGGUUACUCAAAGUCACAUCAAGGGUAUGCAAGAUGACGAUGGGGAGCAGUUCGUAGCCUACUUUGUGCCUACGGUGGAGACUCUGCAGAAAAAAUUGACAGACAAAGAGGAGGGCAAAAACUUCACCGAGGGAGCAGUUUACGAGCAUGUCUUGAAUCGGGAAUAUACAUGGACCGUGAAAAAUAAAAAUACAAAGGGAUUCGAAAGAGAUAACUACUUCAUCUACUACAAAGACGGCGGUUUCCAUUACAACGAACUCGAAACCAAAGUGCGUCUUGCUAGACGGCGGCGUGCUGGCCAUGAAAAGCCAAAUACGCAAUUACAUGUUACGUACACUGAACCAACGGAAGCUGAAAUACAAACAAUGACUAACAGAAUGAAUUCAUUAUUGAAAAGCUACGAUUCGGAUGACGAGGAUGAUAAAAAGUCUGAAAAGUCUGCAAGUCAUGAGGGCUCGCCUAAGGAAAAGGCAGACGAAUCGAAUAGUGAAAAGGAAGGAAGUACCGAUAACGAAAAGGACGGCGGUAGUGACGAUGACGACAGCGAUGAUGACAAAAAGAAAAGUGAAAGCGAAAAAGGCAGCUCGGAGGAAAGCGAUUAAGGGUUCAAUGUUUGUAUAGACUGGUCGAACUCUGCAACAAAGCAAUUUUUCUCCGUUUUUCUUUAAUUUCCAUUUUUCGUGGAACUGUGGAGCAGGACGACAAGUGUACAGUGGCCAACUUGCAGAUGUGAUUUCUCUCCCUUGAUGUUCUGGAUGUUGAAUAAUUCACAUGAACUCUUUCAUUCCAUUAUUGAAAUUUGUGGCAUCAAUAAAAACGUACCUC